GCCCUGUCAAAAUAAUUUCUGCCACACACAAAAAGUAAAUAAAAAUUCUCUGUUUUGGUUUGUAGUGAUCCUCUACUAAAAAAUCGUCACAAUAUAAUUUUGCCACGAUGGCUAAAUUGUAGUUAAUUUUUAAAAGAAAAUGUCUUCGUCUACGCCCGCAGUGGAUAUAUCCCAAACCAAUGGGUCACCGGAACACGUAGAAGGGCAAGAGACAAUGCCUCAACUAGGUGAACUAGCUAUAGAGGCUUCGGACAUAGUUUCCAGGCUAGGUCAGGCAAUAGAAUCAAACCCCAGCCUUACGGAAAUAGUUCCAAGAAAACCUGCCACUGUGUUUUUGGGCCUGGAAAAGAAACACACUGACGAAAUUAUAAAUAUCGUCCAUGAGCUUAUUAGUACGGACGAGGAUGGAGAACCCAUAAACUCUUUGCCUUUAGACUCUAUAACUAAAAUGGUUAUGGUGUCUCAUAGCUUGGCCGCUUACUGUGGUAGCUUGGAAAGAGGAGUUUUGCAGAAAUUGAGUUUGAGGUUUACCACUGAUACUUCUAGGUGGAUUAGUCAAAUGUUUGGGUUCUUAGAUUCUUCAGCCUUCUACCACGAAGACCAGCUAGAAGGCCUAAUCCGAAUAGCCCGCAUGGUGCUGCACUACAAAUUUCCUCGUUAUUUGGAAGACGGUACUCUUACUUUUGCCACUUCCUUGCCGCUGGUUUACAGUAGCGUCUCCAGCCCUUUGGGCGUAGUCCAGUACCUUUGCAGGCAAUUGGGGUUGCCUUUAGCUUGCGUACGACCUGUACCAGUUAAUACACAUUUCGGUUCUCACUAUACAAUGGAUGUAGCAGCACUACAAAAAAUGCUAACCGAUGAUAGUGUAAUGGGCAAAGUACCACUAAUAGUCAUAGCAGAUGCUGGUACUCCUGUAACAGGCCACGUAGAUAACAUUGCAAGGAUUAAGGAGCUGUGUAAGGCGCACGAUUGCUGGUUGCACGUGCGCGGGCACAAUUUGUCCGCUUUGACUUUGCCCAACCAUUCCAGAAGUAAUAACGCUUCACCCGUGGCUGAUAGUUUCACUUUGACUUUGGGCAAUUGGCUCGGGAUACCUGGAUUACCCAAUAUUACUUUAUACAGACUCUGGGACCAAACCAAUCCCAACCGGAAUAAGCAAGUGGGUGCCUCCCGAGAAAGUACCCUGCCACUUUUGGCCGGUUUACACAACGACCAUCAGAGCAGGAGAGUGAUAACACUCCCGUUAUGGGCCGCCCUACAAAGUCUGGGCAAAGAGGGCAUCCUGUCUAGGAUAAGGGAAAACUUUCUAGCCACUGAACGACUUUAUGCCGCCCUAGACGUGUUUCGACACGUUAGAGUCUUGAGUCCAAAACCUGGCGGCGAAAGCGGCGCUUACACAAUAACCGAACUAAUUUCAAAGCCUGCAAGUAUAUCUAUGUUAUUUGAAUCAACUUCCUGUUGCGUAGUAUUCCAAUUUAUUCCUGAUCCCAUUGAAGACAAACCUCUAACCAAAGUGCCUGCCUAUUACGAUAAACUAAACUCCUGGCUGGGCCAAGUAUUGCAGCUAGAUGCCCCCCAAAUCCCUAUUGACAUUUGCGAAUUGGACGAUAUAGGGGUAGUAUUGCGAUUUUGCCCAUUUGAAAAUACUUAUGCGCAACAGCCCACUUUAGAAGAAUUUAAAUUGUUUAUUCAAUGCUUGGAACAACAAUUGGUUAUUCUUAGAGCUACAAUUCACCAUAAGGAAACAUUUAUUAAAAUCGUUGAAGCUUCUCCAGUGUUGUCUAUUGUUGAAUUACCUGAUUGGGCAGGUAUGGGUGGUGUGCGAUACUGUCCAGAAGGUUGGGAAGAAUUACUAACCGACCAAAUAAAAGAGGAACUCAAUAAUCUAAACAUUGCCUUAGUAGAUGCUUUAAGAUCAACUGAUUCUGCUUUCAGUUUAGGAGAAGGCUCAGACGGACUAAUGUGUGUCAGAUUCGGAAUGCUAACCCCACAAAGUGACGUUGAAGAACUUUUGGGCCUCGUUAUCCGAGUAGGCCAAUCUGUAGAAGAAAACUCCAGAGUUUUAGAUUCAAUGAGCGAAAUCGUUAAAAAGGGUAUUGAAACUGCAACCAAAGACUUGCAAAAGGAAAACGAAGAAAAACUUUGGCAGGAAGGUAUAAUGAGGCAUGUGCCUAUAGUAGGCAAUUUGGUUAAUUGGUGGUCUCCCAAAACUAAGGAGAGUGGAGUUAGAGGCCGAAGCCUAAACCUCACUCAAGGAAUUGUUGAAUCUACUGAGAAUAUUUAUAAGUAUCAUAUGCAAAUACAAACAGGUUCAGUGUCUUCAACUGGAGGCAAAAAUCCUCCUCAACCCCAAGUGCAAACAUCCGUAAGUGCAAGUCAUUCCAGGUCCAGUAGUCACGCUUCAGUGUCUAGUCAAAACGUGCGAGUGGAAACCGAAUCCGCUAAUCCAGUGACUGAAAUAUUGUCGCCCUAGUUUUAAGUGUUGAGUAUUUUUUUUAAAGGCAUUUUGCAUUGACGACAAGUUGUUUUUCUAGUCCGCUAAUCAAAUUAGGUACCAUACAAAAACGCAAUAAAUAGGGUAUUGAAGUCGUUUGUGCAAAUGUCCACUUAUGAUUAUUUUUGUUGUAUAAAAUUUGUUUUUAAGUAUUAAGAUUAUA